AUGGAACUCGAAUAUCCUUGCUUAGUAGCUAAGGUCAAUGAACCAUGGAACUUUGAUACGUAUCCUCCGUGUAUUAAUCUUUCACGUAUAGGUGAUGGUAUCAGUGACUGCUUGUAUUCAGAUGAUGAACGGAAUAUAAUGAGUUGUCAAGGUAAUGAUUGGAUGAUGGGUUUCAAUCUUCGAUGUGAAAAAUCUCAGAAAUGUAUUAAUUAUGACUUACUGUGUAAGAACCUAGAACGGUGUCCACAAGGCGAAGAUGAUAUAUUGUGUCGUUAUAAACUACGACCAUCGAAUAUGUCGUGUUUUGAAUCAAAGGAUUUUCUAUGUUUGAAUAAUACUUGCCUAUCGAAUGCUCGAUGUAAUGGAAUCGUUGAAUGUGAUGAUGGUGAAGAUGAAUAUUGGUGUUCGUCUGAUUUAUCUUACCCGGCCGUUUAUCGAAAUCAAAAGUUGAUGAAACACAACAAACCGCAGAUGAUAACACAUGCUUUCUAUCCCAUCGAGAAACAUUCAACAGAAGUAUUGAACAUCAGCGAAACGAGGGUAGUUUCAUUUGAAAAUAAGCACACAAGACAAUCCAAUGUUCAUUAUAAAGAUUAUAUUCGUAAUUUACUUAAAUCGGAUCCGAGAAAUUAUUAUUUGCCAUUUGUUUGUGGUAAUGAUGGACUCGCCGUCAAAUAUCAACAAGCAACAAUUUGUUUCUGCCCACCAAAUUCAUAUGGCGAUUAUUGCGAAUAUUCAAGUGAUCGCAUAACAAUUUUGACACAUUUAAAUUUUGUUAAUUAUAAAAUAAUAAACAGUCGAACAACUAUUCAAGUAUUAUUAACAUUUUUAUAUGAAAAUCGAGUCAUUGACACGAAUAAAUUUCACGUUCAACCGCAAUUACAAAAUAAUGAUAUUAAUUAUGUUAAACAAAGAAUUUAUUUUGUAUAUCCGCGUACAAAAGAAUUUAUUGAUCAAAAACGAGCAUCUCGGAAUGGCACACAAAAGUAUCAUGUACGUUUCGAAGUAUUUCUCUUAAAUAAUUCAAAUCUUACAUUACUGGAUGUUUGGGAUUAUCCAAUUUAUUUUGACGUUUUACCCUCUUAUCGUUUAGCGAAAAUUUUAAAACUGGAUUCAUCCAGAAGUAAUCUUGUUAACUGUUCAAUAUGUGGCGAUCAUGGUAUGUGCCAUGCCAUCGUUAAUAAUAAUAAGUCGACUUAUUGUAAUUGUCACAGUGGUUACUACGGUCAAUAUUGUAAUCAUUUUGACAGCGAACAAUGUCAAAAGGCAUGCUCUUCAAAUUCCAUAUGUCGUCCAAAUCAACGUGGCAUUUUAAAUAAUGGAGAACGAAAGCCAUAUUGUCUGUGCUUACCGGGUUAUUACGGAUCGAAUUGCUAUUUGAAAUAUAAGCCAUGUGAAAACCAUUCGUGCGAAAAUGGUGGUACUUGUUUUAUAGAUUAUACAAUGGAUGAUAUUGACCAAAUCCAAUGCGUAUGUCAUGAUUCGUUUUACGGAACUCGAUGUGAACUUUUAAAACAUACCAUAUACAUUCAAGUUCAACAACCAAGUCAAUUAUCAGACGUUAUACAAGCAACCGUGGUACAAUAUUACGAUUUAAAAGAAUUCAAAUUUGAUAUGUUUAUUCGUGAACAACAAUUGUAUAGAGGACACUUACCAUCCAUAAUUCAGUUAAACCAUGGUCGACUAUUUGCUCCUGCAAUAUGUUUGAUUAGAAUCUACAGUGAAAAAGAACAAGAAUUCCCGAACUAUUUCAUUGGAUAUAGCCGACAAAAUCAAACAACUAUAAAUAUAACCAUAGCUUUAACAGACGAAACUGAAUGCCGUCAUGCACUGGUUUUAUUGAAAGGUUAG